AUGGAGCCUCUCCGCCCUGCCCAGCCCGCUCCUCGCCGCGUCGCGACUGCACCGGUACCGACACAAGUGUCCCGCCCCUCCUCCUCGGCCGGCGGCCUCAUCGAAACACUAUACAAUCAUCCCAAUGUCAAAAUCGUGGCCUUUACUGCCGCCUCCAGAGGACGAGCACGGAGCCCAGGACGUGGAUCCGCCGACGAGCCUGGCUCCUUGCCCGCCUACUCGCAGCUGGAAAGAACAAUUGCAAUUGGCCCCUUCCGCAUCUACCGUACGGGUUCCGUCGCCUUUCUGAAUUGUGGUUCAGCCCUCCAGCCAAUGUUGCCCAAGAGUCAAUGCUGGGCACUGGCGGAAGACUCGAGCAAAUUUGUGCUGCAGAUACGUCGGCCCAGCUAUUGGAGGAUAGAGAUCCCUGUCACCACCGCCGAUGAACAGGACCUCGCUGUCGCAUUGAAGGCGGUCUGGGACCAGAUCCUCCAGUUCGAGAAGACGGAAUGCCCCUUUAAACGAUCUUUCACCAUUGUCCUUCCCGACAAGCCAAAGACACCCGUCAAGAAACGACCGUGGACGCCUCCCGUGAAGGGAGCUUUGCCUGUUCUUUCCACGCCCGCCCACGAGGUUGAGGCUUCGCCGACUCCGAAGGCUCUGACUCCCAGCACUGGCAGGAGAGCCUCGACAGCCUCACUCCGUGGCCGUCGCCUAUCGGCUAUCAGCACUGACCUGCAGUUCACCUCCUGUUCGCGAGAGCCUAGCACCAAUGUACCAGUGCCCGUCGAGUCAAGGGAAGACGACAAAAUAUCUACGACUGAGACAACCGAGACAACCGCUCCCACCGCAAAAUCGCAGAUAGUACCAGAACAGGCGGUCGAAGACACUCCUGCUCAUGGCGAUGAGGCGGUGGAGAAUGGCAAUGUAGCCGACACAGAAACGACGUCAAUUGUGAAUGCCCAUCAUCUUUCAACAACCGAAGACUCGAUUGCCGAGGAGGUGGAGAUUGAGGAUCAAGAGUUCUCGGCAGACUUGAAUACUGAUGUUCAGAGUCAGUCAACGAAGCCUCUGGCCGUCGAAGAACCGCAUCGCGGCCUGGAGGACCUGAGCAAUAUCGAAACCGUCACGACCGCAGAUGCCGCCGUAUUAAACCCCGAAGCCAGCUCGCCGUCAACUUCCCUAUCGGCGUCCACGGCAGAGACGUCUGUUCGCCAAGAGGGCAGUCAACCCUCCAAACCAUAUCGAAAGGGCCCCGAGGUUCCAGCAUUAGCGAUCGCUUCCAAGGAUAGCAAAGCAGAUGUUCGUCCUGAAACGUUGACAUUCAAGGAGCCGUUCGCGGAAUCCUGUCCUCCGCCGAGCGAAAUCAAGGAGCAGCUUGUCACGGUGGAAGUGCGCCCCAAGGGGCCUUUGUCAGCUGGAACAAGUACGCCAACGCCCACCAACAUCUACGACGUUAUCCGCAGCUACGAGCAUAAGAUGGCCACUGCUACACCAGCGGCGCCUGCCCCGGAAGACAAGGAGCAUGCGCCUGUUGUCAAAGCACCGCAAAUUGAGGCCAGUAACAAUAACGAGGGUGGGCCGAGCAGCGACUCAACCUCGGGAACCGACGAAGAGGAGGUUUUAGAGGGCAGCGGAGUCAUGGGCGGCAGACGUAAGAAGCUCCGCGGGUUCAGGGGCAGCCGUGCUCUUAUGCCUAAGCUGACGCUCGUGACCUCGCCGCCAUCCAAGUCGGCCAUGAGAUCGACCCCGAUCCUAGAUGAUGCGGCAUCCCCCACAGGAUCUACAGAUUCAUUCCAUAGUUCCCGGUCGUGGCACUCGCCGGUUACGCCAGUUCCGCGAUCUCCUGCUUCGGAUGUCUCCCCCACGAGGUUCCCUUAUCCUCACGACAACAUAUUGAUUCCGAAGAAGCCUUGGCACUACCGCGAUGUGUCGGAUCUGACCGUUACCCCAGAGACUCGACGUACAUGGGACGCUACUUCGUCUCUCACCGAUGACAGCUCUCAGGAAAGCGCAGCUACUGCGCCGGACGUAUCCUUUGAGGCGGUGGAGCAGCCCGAAAAGGUCGCCCUCUCCGAGGAUGAGGCUGCUACGUCGGCUGUUGUACGUCGCCCAUACAUCCGCCAUCGGUCAACAACGAGCGGCAUAUCAGUCGGCCAUAGAGCUCUUUCACCUCUUGCGACAGCGGCCAAUCUGUUUGCUACUACAAACAAUCAAGCCAGGAACCAUCCUCUUCGUAGCCGCCUGGAACUUGUCCGCAGGAUUCCCAUGGCCAUCGUGUCCAAGACUUGCGAGGUUUUGCUAGGCCCGCCGAGCCAUCUGAUUACCCUGAUGCUGCAGGUGGCUGCUAAGAUCGCGGCUGGACAAUGGCGCGGUAUGAUGUUCGGUUUUGGCGAAGGCGGAGAGACGAUUCCCGUGCAAUGGGAUUACUCUGACGACGAGUACGACAGCUGGGGAGAGAACGACGACUUCUACCUCAGCCAGGUCGAAUCGUCACGCGCGAGUAGUGUUACCGGCGGCGAUGACACGGAUAAUGAUGCGGCCACCGACGGAAUCGGCCGCGGUUGGGAGGUUGACUGA